GGUUGCUGAGGACGUGGUGCAUAAGCUUAUAAAUGACAAGGUGACAGGUUUACACGGUGCUCAUUGACUCAAGUUUGUCUCCUGGUCUUUGUGUAUUAAAUAGGCUUCAGACAUGUAUGCCUGUGCCAAGUUUGUCACUGUCCCUACUGUGCUUCGUGGAAGCUCCAGAUUACUGGCUCGGCCUGUCUCCGUGUCCAUCUUAAACAGACCUGAAGCUAGAAUUGAGCAGGCAACUCUCUUGCCUGUGAAUGAGCCAUCUUUUCUGAAUCUGAGCCGAAGCUUUCAGACCAGCGCCGUUUCCAGAGACAUUGACACUGCAGCCAAGUUUAUUGGUGCUGGUGCUGCUACAGUGGGAGUUGCUGGAUCAGGAGCAGGGAUCGGGACAGUGUUUGGUAGUCUAAUCAUUGGCUAUGCCAGAAAUCCAUCCUUAAAACAACAGCUUUUCUCUUAUGCCAUCUUGGGUUUUGCCCUGUCUGAAGCAAUGGGACUCUUCUGUCUGAUGGUGGCAUUCCUUAUCCUGUUUGCCAUGUAAUUUAGACAUCUGUACUUUGCCACGACCAUCCGUCCAGGGAUCAGAGUCUGAAGCAGAGCUCGCAGGGCUGUGGCUAUUUCAUUCCAUCAAACUACUAGAACUAUUUAGUUUCUCCCCUUCCUUUCCUCUAUGAGGUUUUUAUGUAAUUUCUCACUACAGUUUGGGACAGUCAAUAAAUUGGCGAGAUGAC